AUGAUUGUCGGCAUCGUGGGCGUCCUCUGCUGCGGAGCCCAGUAUAUCCCCCUCGACGGCAACGUGGUCGCCACAGAGGCGCUUCGAACCGUGGUCCAGCAGUCCCAGUCCGCCGCCAUACUAUGUCUCACGUCGACCAAGGGCCGCUUCACCGACCUUGACGUUGGCGGCCGGGCCCUGAUCGCCAUCGACACCGUCCCUCUGGGGACGGACGUCAGUCUCAUCGGCAUCAUCAGCGAAGCCCUCCAGCUUGUCACACCGGAUAGCGGCUGCUACGUUAUCUACACAUCAGGAACCACGGGAAAACCCAAAGGAGUUGACGUGACUCACGGAAAUGUCGUCAACCUGGUUUGCCUGAGUCCGGGAAACCUCACCAUCGGGCCCGGCGUCCGUGUGGGGCAAGUGUUAAACAUCAGUUUCGACAUGGCGGCGUGGGAGAUUUUAGGUUGCCUCUGCAACGGGGGUACGCUCGUCCUAAGGGGAUCUGAUUGGAAGAAAACUCUCCAAGACCCCAUCUCGGUCCAGUUGGCGGACAAGUGGGCGUCGUGCCUAGCGUAUUACAACUGCUGUGGGCCUACCGAGACCACCAUUGUCAACACCAUGCACAGACAUGUGGCUGGCGAGCCCCUGUCCAUCGGGAGGCCUACCCCCAACAACCGAGUCUAUAUCCUAGACGACCGUCUAGAACCUGUACCAAUCGGCGUGCAGGGCGUUGUCUGGGGCGGUGGCAAAGGAAUUUCCAAGGGGUAUAUCGGUCUUCCGGAGUUAACCCAGGCCAAGUACCUGGCUGACAAGUUUGCCAAGGAUGGGACGCUGAUGUACAACACUGGGGACGUCGGGAUUUGGCAAGCCAACGGCACGAUUCAGCUGCUGGGUCGGUGCGACGACCAGGUGAAGAUCAAGGGAUUUCGGGUCGAACUAGAUGGAAUUACGGCGAGCCUUGCUUCUGCCCCCGCCGUCGCCAAAGCCGCAGUUCUUUUGAUCGAAGAGGAGCUGCAUGCUUUUGUGCAGCCGAGCGCCGCCGGCGGCUUGCACCUACCCACCAUCGAAGAGGCGAUCGCUUCCAGUCUCCCGUACUACGCACGGCCGGCCCAUUACCACGUUCUCGAUUGCUUUCCCCUCACGCCCAAUGGCAAGGUCGACAAAGGCGCUCUGCGACAACUCGUUCAAGACAAUAAUGACUCGGACACUGCUGAAUCGUUCUCCGACGCGUCAUCUACCCAAUGCGCCACUAGCUGUGCCGGCUCCAUCACCUCCAAGCGAUUCAAAUUGGGCACCUCCAUUGACGAGGAGAAGGGCGGGCUCGACAACCAAGUGCCGGACAAGUCCCUCCCCCAGCCCCUCCGAGGACUGGUCUACCGCAUUCUCAUCCCCUAUCGCUUCCUCUUCUCCGUCGUCUGGCUCGCCAACGUGGCCGCGCUCGUCGUCGUCUGCGCAAAUGGCAGCCGCCGCGACUGGCUCGGCAACAUGGUGGCCGUCAACCUCGUCGUCGCCGUUCUCAUACGGCAAGACUUUGUCAUCAACGCCCUCUACACGAUUUUCUGCUCGGUGCCCAAAACGUGGCCGCUGUGGAUUCGGGCGUCCUGCGCCAAGAUCUACCAUCUGGGCGGCGUCCACUCGAGCGCGGCCUCGUGCGCGGGUAUCUGGCUUCUGGCCGCCAACAUCAGUGACGCGGCCUGCGCGUCCCUGGCCACAUGCCCCAAUUAUCCCCCGCAAUCUGUGGCUUCCAUGACGUUGUCGUGGAUGCUGUCCGCCCUCUUCGUGAGCAUGAUUGGUCUCGCCUCGCCCUCGUUUCGAAAGACGCAUCACGACUUCUUUGAGCGAUGGCACCGCUUUGUGGGCUGGACGAUGCUCGCCCUCUUCUGGGCGCAGAACUUUGUCACUAUCCACGAUACCGCCCGGCUGCGAUCUGUCCCCUACGGAUCCGUCCUGGUCUCGUCAAUUCCGUUCUGGCUUCUGGUUGGCGCGACAAUAAGCAUCGCCCUAUCCUGGUGCUGGCUGCGCCGGGUGCGCGUCAUAUCCGAGGUGCUUUCCGAUCACGCGGUUCGGCUCCACUUCGACUACACGGUCCCCGUCAACGGAAGUUUCACGAGGGUAUCCUUUAGGCCUCUUAUUGAGUGGCACUCCUUUGCGACGAUCCCGGCCCCACAGGCACACGGCCCCGCUCACGACCCGACCCAAUUUCCCGCCGGCCAUUCUCUCUUGGUGUCCAACGCGGGCGACUGGACAAAGGCUUGCAUCAAGAACCCGCCCACGCAUCUGUGGGUAAGAGGAGUUCCCACGUGCGGGGUCAUGCGCAUCGCGACCCUCUUCAAUCGCGUCGUCGUCGUCGCCACGGGUUCCGGCAUCGGGCCUUGUCUUGGCCAUAUCCAGCAGCCGAGUUGUGCUACCCAAGUUUUGUGGAGCACCCGAGAUCCGGAGAAGAGCUUCGGCGCUCCCCUUAUCAACGAGAUCAAGGAAAAGGUUCCCGGCGCGGUGAUCUGGGACACCAACGAGCUCGGGCGGCCUGACAUGGUGGCCUUGAGCUACAAUAUGGCCAAGGACUUUGGGGCCGAAGCGGUGAUUGUUAUCGCCAAUGAGAAGAUCACUAAGAAGAUUGUUUACGGUUUGGAAACACGGGGCGUACAUGCCUACGGGGCCAUCUGGGAUAGCUGA